AGUCAUGGCUGCAAUGAAGGAGAAUUUACUAUCUCUUGGACAUCUGAACAGCUCAGAAAAAAACACUUUCAACAAACAAAGACAGUUCUGUGGAAAUAAGAGUGUUAACAUGCCAGUGUUGUUGCAAGAUGACUCUUCAGCACUUCACAGUCAGGAACAUCUAGUGAUGCACCUGCAGCAACGCUGGCAGGAGCUGAAGGAGAGAGAGUACACAGCCCAGCAACAAAACAGGCAGCUGCUGCAGCAAUUUGAGAAAGCCCAGGACACACUCAAAGAGAUGCUGGCCCGCAACGCUGCCAUGAAAAUUAUUCGGAUGGAGUAUGAAAGAUAUCUGGAGGAGAACUCCCCCCGCUGGCAGCAGCAACUUAAAGAGAAGACGCAGGCAGCUCAGAAGAAGAAACUAGACGACUAUUUAAGUUCAUGCUUAAAGAAUGCAGAAGUGAUGAAGUCUUCUGCAGGUCCACCAACAAAGCCACAAAAAACUAUACCUACACCUAAAGGUUACUCUGACUACAACCAGGAUAGCUCCUCCGAUCUUCUCCACACACAGUCCUCCUGGUUGACCCACAGUCAAUCCCAGACAGCCAGAUUUCCUACCAGAGUGCCUCAAUCUUUCCUCCAGCCACCCAUCAUCCCUCACCCAUAUCCACUUCACUAUCCUGCCUCCACACCUGGACAUUAUCAUCCCUGGCCCAGGCAGGAUCUACAAAGCUGGGCUUUUCCACACCCCGACUACCCCUGGUCCCAGCCUGCUGGUGCAGCUGGGACCCCAUCAUACUCUGAGGCCCUGUGGGGCCAGCUCUGUGUGGAGGAGCCUUCACGUGACUCAAGGGUUUCACAGACUGUAGGAGAGGAGAAUAAAAUGAGCAGAGCACUGAGCAAACAAAGAGAGAGGAGUCUCAGAAGCAGCAGCAGUCAUUUAUCCCACGAGUUAGAUGUUAAACCAGUUCGUCUGUCCAGCAGUCAUGGUGAGAGCAGUGAGAGUGAUGGGGGUUCCAGCGUGGCAAGUGGAGAGAAGAGGAAGGAGACUGGAGGAAAAAAGCAGUGUGCCUCCUCAGACAGCGAAAGACGCAGCUCUCAGGAGUUAUCUGGGACUUCAGGUGCCAUUCCCGUUCCCUCACUCGCAGUAGCCCAAAGUUCAGAAAGCAAUGCCUCCUCAGAGAAAAGCUCCAGGAGCAGUAGCAGAAGGACAAAGAGAAGUGGGGAGCUUUCUGUUCAGUCACCAAGAUCUGAGAAGGUGGCAGAGGAAAAGACCAGGGGUAAGGGAGAUGACUCAGAGAGUCAGCAUACUGGUGAGGAGUCAGGAAGCUCAAGUGAGGCAUACAAGAGUGAAAAAGUGGGGACUCAAAAUCAUGAAGACAAAUCAGACAGAAGCAAAGAGUCAGGAUCCCAGAGGGAGAAGGAAUCAGAAAGUGAAAAUGUAAAGAAUGAAAACAAUGAUGCUGGUGAAGUAAAAGAGCAGGAGAGUAGCAGCUCCGAGCAAAGCAGCACAGAAGAAAAAGUUGAAGAUGAGAGAGAGAGAAACCUGGAAGCUGAAGAAGAUGAAGAAAAAGAAAACAGCCAGACAGAUAAAGAACAAGAUGACAGCGAUAUGGAGCAAGGUGGUGAUGAUGUUUCUGCCAAAAAGGAAGCAACAGGGGAAGAAGCAGACACAUCUAUAGAGGAUGAAAUGGAGGAGCAAGAAGGCAAAGAACAGCCAACCAGGCUGAAGAGUGAAGGCACUGAGAACAGAAAACAGGGUUCUGCUUCCUCUGAGGAUGAAGAGGAGGGAAGUGAAGCCAGUGAGGAAGAAGAGAAUGAGGAAUCAAAUGAACAGGAGGAUGGGGAAAGUGAGAAGGAAGAGGAACACAGAAGUGAGGAAGAUGAGAUAGAUUCAGAUGACUGUAUCAUCACAAUGCAAGAAAAGAGUUCUGUUUUUUUUUUUAGAUCUAAACAGAUGCAGAUUAGUGAGGAAGCAGCUCAGGAAGAGGAAGAAGGUAAAACAGGAUCCUGUAAUGAUGACUCAAAUGAAGUCAGUGAUGAAGAUGAUGUUGAGAAUCUUCUUGCACCUCAAAAACAAACACAAAAAAAAGAAACAGACCUGAAAGCUCAAGAGAAGCCCAACGGGAGUUUUCACAAUAUGGGAAUUUUUCAAGUGGAGCACGACGGAUCGAAGACAGAAGACCCGAACGACUCUGAUGAAUUUGAUCAUUUUUAUGACUAAAUAUGCAACUGUGCAAAUUAAGAGCCAAAAUCCCAUUUAAAAUAAAGUAUUGCUUCAGAGUAUGUUUUAUAACAAUGUACAGAAACAAUUAGCUAUUUAUUAAUAAUUGUUUAAUUUUCUGGUGUUUAAUUAGAGGCAAUAUAUGAAUGUUACAAAAAUAAACUGGAAUAAAUACAGUACUCAGACUGCACUGCAA